UAACCACCCUCCACAUACAACGUUUGGAUAUUUGGAUUGAGUGACUGUAAUAUAACUUCUCAGAUGGAUGCUCUGUUUUUCUCUAUAUGCAUAUAAUACAAGCUGUGGGAGUCAACGGAAAGAUAAUCAGCUGAAAGACAACCAAGAAAUCACUUCAUUUUCACGAAUCCCCGCUUCAAAUUUUGCUUUCCUUUCUCUGUCUCUUGUGUUCCCAAUUCUGAGGCUGCUUGUUGUGUAUGCCUCCAUAGAUUCUUCCUUUCCUUGCAUUGCUAACGUGGGUUUGGAAGGGAUGUUGAUAAGAAUUGGGGUGAUUCUGUUAAUUGGGCUUGUGGCAUGGGCAUAUCAAGCCACCCGCCCUCCACCUCCCAGCAUUUGUGGCUCCCCUGGUCGCCCACCUGUUACAGCACCUAGAAUAAAGCUCAGGGAUGAAAGGCAUCUGGCCUACAAGGACCAUGGAGUGUCUAAAGAAGCUGCUAACCAUAACAUUAUCUUUAUUCAUGGCUUCGGCUCUUGUAGACAUGAUCCAGUGAUUACAACAAACCUCCUCAAGAACUUGUUAGAAGAACUAGGACUCUACAUUGUGUCGUUUGACAGACCGGGUUAUGGCGAAAGUGAUCCAGAUCCAAAACGAUCGGCAAAAAGUUUGGCUUUUGAUGUAGAAGAGCUUGCUGAUCAGUCGGGACUUGGAUCCAAAUUUUAUGUAAUUGGGUUUUCUAUGGGCGGUCAGGUGGUUUGGGGCUGCCUCAAGUAUAUUCCUCAUAGGUUAGCAGGAGCAACAUUAAUAGCUCCGGUUGUCAACUACUGGUGGAAAGGAUUUCCUGCCAACUUGUCUUCAGACGCCUACUACAAACAACAACCUCAGGACCAGUGGAGCCUACGUGUUGCUCACUAUGUAUCAUGGCUAACCUUCUGGUGGAACAUUCAGAAGUGGUUUCCUGCAGCCAGUGUUGUAGCCAAUAAGCCUGAAAAUAUCUUCUCUCGCCAAGAUUUUGAAAUAAUUUCUAAGCUUGCUGGGAGAGAGAUGCACGUGCACCACCAGCAGGCACAGGUGAAGCAGCAAGGAGAGUUUGAGUCCAUCCAUCGUGACUUGAUGGUUGGAUUUGGGAGUUGGAAAUUCACUCCGCUAGAUCUUCAGAACCCUUUUCCAAAGAAUGAAGGCUCAGUUCAUCUAUGGCAAGGCGAUGAAGAUAAGCUUGUGCCGAUUUUGCUGCAACGCUAUAUUGCCAGAAAACUUUCAUGGAUUCAAUACCAUGAGUUACCAGGCGCUGGACACUUAUUUCCACUCGCUGUUGGGAUGAGCGAAGCUAUUACAAAGGCACUUUUACUUGGGUAGAAGUAGCCUUUUUUUGUUUUCCUUAUUAUUUUCUUUUUUCACCCUCAUUGCACAUAUUCAAUGAAAACUCUUUACUU